CCUGCGCCCCUGCGGCCCUGCGCCCCUGCGCCCCUGCGCCCGGGGGAGGCGUUACUCCAGCCGGGCCGCGAGCACCACGCGCGCAGGGCGCUCCGGGACCGAGUGGUGGCCGCGCUCCGCCGGCCGUGCGCCGAGUGCUCGGCGGGUUCCGUGCCCAUUCCCCGCUCGGGUUGUGAGCCCGCGCUGCUUCAUGAUUCUCCGGAGCCCACCCACUUUCGGAUUCUUGUUGGACAUCGAUGGAGUGCUGGUGCGGGGUCACAGAGUGAUUCCCGCUGCUCUGGAAGCCUUCCGCAGGUUGGUGAACUCUCGUGGGCAGCUGCGGGUGCCCGUGGUCUUUGUCACAAAUGCUGGGAACAUCUUACAACACAGCAAAGCCCAGGAGCUGUCAGCCCUACUGGGAUUUGAGGUGGAGCCGGACCAAGUCAUCCUCUCUCACAGCCCCAUGAAGCUCUUCUCGCAGUAUCACAGCAAGCGAAUGCUGGUGUCUGGGCAGGGGCCUGUGGUGGAGAAUGCCCGAGUAUUGGGCUUCGAGAAUGUGGUUACUGUGGAUGAGCUGCGGAUGGCCUUUCCUGUGCUUGACAUGGUUGAUCUCCAGCGGCGGCCGAAGUCCACGCCCCUUCCAAGGAAUGACUUCCCUGCCAUUGAAGGGGUGCUCCUCCUUGGGGAGCCAGUCCGCUGGGAGACAAGCCUGCAGCUGAUCAUAGAUGUCCUUCUCAGCAAUGGGAACCCUGGGACUGGUCUGGCAACGGCUCCCUAUCCCCAUCUCCCUGUCCUGGCCAGCAACAUGGAUCUCCUUUGGAUGGCUGAAGCCAAGAUGCCCAGGUUUGGCCAUGGCACCUUUCUGCUGUGCCUGGAAACCAUUUACCGGAAAGUGACAGGCAAAGAACUGAGAUAUGAGGGCCUGAUGGGCAAACCGAGUGUCCUCACGUAUCAGUAUGCAGAGGACCUCAUCCGGCAGCAGGCAGAGAGGCGGGGCUGGGUGGCCCCCAUCCAGAAGCUCUAUGCUAUCGGCGACAACCCUAUGUCUGAUGUCUACGGUGCCAACCUGUUCCACAAGUACCUGCAGAUGGUGAAGCGUGAUGGGGCCGAAGAGCGAGGGGCUGGUGGCUUGUGGAAGCCGCGGCCCUCAGCAACCCAGAGCUGUGCCUCUAUCCUGGUGUGCACUGGUGUGUACAGUCCCAAGGGCCCAGAAGCCACUAGGCCUGCUCAGGAUGCAGAGGAGGCUCCGUUCCACGGCCACCGGGACUUCAGCUUCAGUCCAGGGCUCAUGGAAGCAUCCCACAUCGUGAAUGAUGUGAAUGAGGCUAUACAGCUGGUUUUCCACAAGGAGGGUUGGGCUUUGUAGUGGGGGCUGUCCGUCGGAGACAGGGGCAGGCGGGAUGAGCUCCAGGGGAGUCCUGUUGACUAGCUUCUGGCCUGGGUCACUGGGUGUCAGGUCAGGGUUGCUUCCGUGACACUCUGUGGCCCCACAAUGGAUAUUACUGGUGCCUUGGAAGAAGACACUGGCUUUUUCUCCUGCUGGGCAGUUGCCCCAGAAUUGUACCCGGGUAACGUUUUGGGUAGAACAGCCAGGAUUUUCUGGCCCUGUUCCUGUCUGCUUCUCCUGGCAGUCUGACCUCAGGCCAGUCGCUUUACCUCUGUGCCUCGGUUUCUUUUUUCAUUUCAGUAGGGACUUCUGAAAAAAGGGGAAGUGGAGUGAAAUAACGUGGAAAUUUCUGCAGAGCCUGGCCUGCACUGAAGGCACCACUGCAUGCCAUGCCAGCAGUGUGUCACUAACACUAAAAUACUGCUUUUUACUGUAUUUUAGCUUAUUGCCCAGAGACUUUUAGGCUUAUUUUUUAAACUAAAAUAAUCAUAAUAAAUAUUCAUUAUGCUGUC